CGCCUGAAAUUUCGUCACUCAAGAAAACGUUCUCCUGCCUCAGCCUGCCUGCAGCAUCAGACUUUGCUUGUCGGUUAACUUUGAAAUUUAAAGUUAAUUUUUCUCGUCGGAAAUUACUGUUCAUCUGGCUCUUCUUCCAAUCAUCAACUAAGAACGUAAGAAGAUUUUAAAAUGGCUGGUGAACCAUCCAAUGAGAAAUCUGCCUUGGCGAAGGAAAGCGCGGAUGAAACCUUGGAGGCAAAGCGCAGCGAGGAAGGGCAAAAAGCACCGAUGAAGCGACCACGUGACGACAAGAAUUGCGUUGUUGAAAAGAUUGUAGAUAAACGCGCCGUCCCCCGCGGCAGUACGGAAUAUUAUGUCCAGUGGAGAGAUCAUGGAGAGGAGGACAACACUUGGGAAUUGGACGAGGAUCUUGACUGCAUUGAGCUGAUUGAAGCCUUUGAAGCUGAAUUGGAGGCCAAGAAAGAGGCAUUCGAAGAGGCCAGCGACGAAGCUGAGGGGGACUCGGACGUGGAGGAGGCGACGGACAACAGCAGCAGCAGUAACAGCAGCGACGAUGACUCUCCCGAAGAACGGGAGCAGUAUGUUUUAGAAACUAUUCUCGAUAAGCGCAUCGACUCCCGGGGAAAGGCCGAGUAUCUUUGCAAAUGGAAGGAUUAUGGGGAGGAACACAACACUUGGGAAUUUGGGAGGAAGUUGAAUCGCCCUGAAUUGAUUGCUGCGUUUGAGGCUGCAGGAAUGGCGAAGGAGGAUGCGGAGAACAGCGGACCAUAAAUUUUAGAAUUUGUUUCCCUUAUUAUUUUAUGUAUCUGCUGAAUUUUUUUAUUUAUUCCAUAUUUUCUAUUCUUUACAAUGUUAAAGAAAUAAAUUUCUUGAAAUAA